GCGAACAAACGGAAGUAUAGGUGAAGGUCUGAGGCAGCACCGCCAAGCUGGGCACCGGGGAGAUGGCCGAGACUGACCCGAAGACCGUGCAGGAUCUCACCUCAGUGGUGCAGACACUCCUGCAACAGAUGCAAGAUAAAUUUCAGACCAUGUCCGACCAGAUCAUUGGAAGAAUUGAUGAUAUGAGCAGUCGCAUUGAUGACCUGGAGAAGAACAUAGCAGACCUCAUGACGCAGGCCGGGGUGGAAGAGCUGGACGGUGAGAACAAGAUCCCGGCCACACAGAAGAGCUGAAGGUUGCUUGUCUUCGCUGGAAUCUGGAACACCUUUUUACAAGCCAAGAGGAGACAGAUGGCUUUUUCAACUACUAUGUGUAGACAGGUUUUAUAUUAUAAAGUGUGCAUUCUUCUUACCACAUACUAUAGAGUUAGUUUAUGGAGUGACUUCCCUCCCCUGCCCCCCAUGUUUCCUAAACAUGGUGACUUCACAUCUUGGACCUUGGUCAGUUGUGCUAUUAAACACUAAAACUUCGGCAGUUCCUGCAUACAGUCGUCCAACUUUCUAGUGUAUUUUCGUGAGGUUAUUUUUUUUUCUGUCAUUCCCUUUGUAGUAGUUGCUAUUUGAUAGAAGUUGCUGCGUGAUUUUUCUAUUAGACAUAAAGUAAAUUCUUGGUUAUAAUUAGAUUUUGUGAAGUAAGGCAUUUAUAGUUAAGGUUCUUUGAUUCUCAGAGUGAACCAUUGAGUGAACACCAAAUAGUGUGUUGGUGAUACUUUUCAAGUGGUUAAAAACAUUUAAAAUUGUGUAUUCGGAAUAUCUGGCACUACUGUGUCGCCAAAACUCAGAACUGAACCACAAUCUUAUAUCUGAGUCCCUGAGGCCAGAUGCCACAGUAACUUAGAGUGACCACUGCCACUUUAGUGUUAGAGUUUUUAAAUAUGGAAAAUGACAGAGUUGCCUGAUGUGAUGAGGCUUUCAGUAGUUAGAGUUUUGCAUGAGAUUUGAAUUCUUCAGUCGGACCCUACAUUGUCCAUUCACAGUCAUUACCAUAGGAAAUCUGGCAGGAUUGUACAACUCAGUUACUCCCAUCUUUCGAGCUACUGGCCAGUAAAAGAAACAGAAGAGGAAAACAGACCAUGUUAAGCCCACACCAGUUGUUUGGCUAGAAGGUGAUAAAUAACUUGUAGUAGGCUUGAGUUUUUAAGAAACACUGCUGCUUUAUACUGUUCCUACCUGAAUUCAAGCAGAGCAGUGGCUUUAUUCCUGAUGAUACUGCUCAGCUGAGUGUAUCAGGAGUUUUGAUCCUGGAGGCAGUGUUGACAGGAAGGGGAACCACAUGACUGUCGCAGCAGGGUGAUUUUGUAGAGAAAAUGGAAGAAGUUGAGGAAUGAAAUAGUGUUAUGGAGAGGAAAGCCCAUAGUCAACACAGUAUGAUUUUUUUAAAGUUUCCUAUGUCACCAGUCUUAAUUGUAUUGGAAAUGUAUAAUAAGAUUAAGGAAUAAUGUGUCCUGUUUAUAAAGUAUCCGGGGAGCACAAAGGAUUCAGUUUCUUCUGGACAAGAUGGAUUCCCCGCUGUUAGCCCCGAGCUGCAGAAAGCCCUUCACUGGGCUGGUGGGUCCUGCUGUGGGUUUGGCCCUGAAAGCCCAGAGCGCACUGGGGCGGGACAGGAGCUCAUCCAGGUGCUUCCAAGCCUGGGAGACGGCAAGUGGGCAGUCGGGUGUGAGGAGCUGGCUUCCUUAAGUAACAGGAAGUUUUCAGAGGAAACUCCCCUGACCAAAAAUACCUGCCAUGAAUAAAGGUGCCUGAAAUCCUG